AUGAGCGCUGAGGUGGUACACAACAACGUCCACGCUCCCCGCUCCCACAGUGCUGGCACAGUCUUCUCACGAACCGAUUACGCCGGAGGCUCUAUGCCAUAUUUGACUCAGCAGUAUGCGCUGCCCAUCAACCAUGCCAGCUUGCGAGGAGAUGGCAGUGAUGGGAAUUUGAACAGUGGCCAGCAGACUCCACGCGCUGAGAAUACUUUGAGACGAAAGACCCCGAACGGAACGCUGAAUGCUGGGUACGAUGGAUCUUCAGUCGAGUCUAACCCGCAGAAGCAUCAGUUGAUGCCAAUGAGCGAGACAAAUGCGCAGCUGUACAAUCAAAUGCCGUCGCAAACCAAGCGCACCUUUAUGCAACACCAACAACGGCAGCACAGUGGCAUGAGCAAUGGCAUGGGCAGUGGAAUGAGCAGUGGGUGGACCACGCCGACUGGCCAGAUAUGGCAAGGCUCGCAGUACCCCAUGCCGCAGAACGCUUUCCCGGUCAUGGACUCCAUGCUGAACCAAGCUCCUGUGCACGCUUACAACGCCCAGCAAUACUUCGGCCAGACUGUUCCCAGCGUGAUACAGCCGUCCUUCCAGUAUGUCGGUCCGACAGCUUCUGGUUUGCAGGGCUCCGGACCUUACGGCCCGUACUGGCACGAUGGUACCUUUGUGCCAUACAGACCUGCCGCUUUACGAGAUCCAAGAUUCUACCACCAACAGUCUGCAAUCUGGCCGGAAUCGUUACCGAGCGCGCAAUACACUUUUCAGUCCAGCACAUGGCAGCCUAGCCCAUACCCGUCGCCCUCUGCGCAAUGGCCGCCCAUGGCUGGCGCGCUCCCUUUGAUGGGCCAAGCUGCUGGAUACAACUUCGGGGCUCCUCCAGCUCACACGCCUGUUCUUGGUCAGUUCGGCGAUCCUACCUCGACACCGGGUGGACAGUACUACGGUCCACCAAGCUAUCCACCUCCGCCGGCGCCACAGAACAACCAUGACGUCUACAAUUAUCAAGUCAACAACGCGGUGCCGUCUUACAACAAUGUCGAAGCCGAGUUCGGUCCAUCCUCGCCAAAUGGAACGCAGAGAGACAAGGCAUUCUCUUGGGCACUGCAGCAGUAUCGCGAUUUGCUUGGUUUCAUCCAGCAGACCAGACGACAACAACACCACAACCGGCAAGUGCAUGGGCAGCAGCAGGUUUCUCAUAGGCCAAGCUUCUAUCCAAAGCCACCCAAACCAUCCAGAUCUGGCUCGGCAGUACAGGUCAACAAAAGGCGGAAGGAAACAAGUGCGCUGCAGAGAGAGGCCUUGCACAGGUCUGACUCUGCACCUGGGCGAGAGUCGGGUGAAGCUUUGGGGUUGGACGAAGAGCUGGGUCCUGAGAAGACCCGGUCGAACUCGCUUCGCUUAGCAAACGGUCUGGAGAACCAGGACAACGAGUUCCACCGAAGGGCGUCAUAUGAUCAGUACACACGAUCCGAUCAAUGGCCUAGUGCUGCACAACACCAAGCAGACAAGUUCCGGACACUCCGCCGCUCCUCUGGUUCUACAGCUAUUUCAGGUCUACCUCAGGAUGACACACCAGUCUCGCGCGCGCAGUCGGCUCUUUCGAUGUUGGUCCGACUAUGUCAGGAGACAGAUUGGCAGUGGACGGAUGGCAUGCAUCUUGGUGGCUGUAUAGCCUACGGUCUGGGCAACUACCAGAAAGCGUUGAGAUGGUACACGAAAGUGCUGGACAUGGACCCGAAGCAUCUUGAGGCGACAUCGAAUCUUGCCGCGACCUUGCUUGCGCUCGGACAACGGCAAGAAGCCGAGCAGCAUUGGAUGAAGGUGGUCAAGGCAGCGCCGAAUCACUUCGAGGCUGUUGAGCAUCUCAUCGGUAUGCUCUGCAACGAGCAACGAAGUCGAGACGCCAUCCGGAUCAUCGAAUACGUCGAGCGCUCGCUGCGCCAACGUAAGCCUUCCGAUCUGCUUAAAGCUACCGACCGGCAGAGCGAGUGCUCUUCUUCGACAGCAAGUCGAUCACCCUGUGUGUCUGAGAUGUCUGACAGAAUGGCGUAUGACUUCGACGCGGACGGCGAUGCUUUCAAUCAGGACUGGCCGGACACGCCUGGCUCGACUGAACCAGGAUAUGGCUCCAGUGGCUUCGCGAUACCCGGCUGUGACAACGGUCGCAUCCUGGCUUUGAUUCACGCCAAGGGCAACAUGUUGUACAGCCUUAGUGACAAUGCUGGCGCUGCUCGCGCCUUUGAGGACGCGGUACUGAUAGCUGCAGGCCGACGGUUCCGCAACAUACAGGCACUGGUGAAGCACAUCCUUUCCGAGAUCUCCGCAAGCGUUCAGCAACGCUUAUUGGGCCAGCAGCCGCCUGCAUCACUGUCCACGGAGCCGAUACUCUUGACACCAGAAUAUGCUCUCGCAACUGCAAAGUUCUGCUUCAACCAUCUCGGCGAGCUACCUGGCCUGCAGUAUCUGCCUGGCGGCCCUCAGAGCCUUGCAAGAAGAGCUGUUGUAUCGACCACGAGCAACUCGCUUCUAUCGCUGGCAAAGAUCUACCAGGAUGGCAUGUCCAACAACAGUCGAGCGGCCGGUGUCACUCCUCUGGCAUCAGGCGUGAGAGACAUCUUGGCCUUGUAUUACCUGUCGUUGUCUCUGCAACCGAGCCCAUCGACCGCGAACAAUGUCGGCAUCUUGCUUGCGAGUGUUCAGCAGACUGUGGCACCUGUCCGACCACACCAGAAGAUGGACAUACCCGGCGUCGUCCCUGGAAGCGGCAUCGCGCUCGCUCUUCAGUACUACAACUAUGGCCUACAGCUCGAUCAGAACCACGCGCACCUCUACACCAAUCUUGGCAGUCUGCUGAAAGACAUUGGCCAGCUCGAUGCGGCGAUCAAGAUGUAUGAGCGUGCUGUGGUCUGCGAUGGGAAGUUUGACAUUGCUCUCGCCAACCUCGCCAACGCUGUCAAAGAUAAAGGCAGGAUCAACGAUGCGAUCGUGUACUACAAGCGCGCCGUCGAAGUCAGUCCAGACUUUGCUGAAGCUGUCUGUGGUCUGGCGAAUGCCUUGAACUCAGUCUGUGCAUGGAACGCUCGUGGCGGCAUUGCAGAAGACAAUGGCAAGCGGGAUCGAUGGCAUGUUGACCCUGGUGGUAUGCUGCUUGAUGCGAGGCAACCGGGUGCUUCGAGCUCGGGAUGGAUGAAACGGGUACUCGAUAUCGUUGGCAAACAGCUGGCGGAAGGAGAGGCCUGGGGCAGAGGAACGUUGACACCGACAAUCUUGGAGCUCCUAGUUCAGCAACUCACGAUCCUGGAGGGAUCAGUCGAGAACCUGAAAGAGCGCGAGUCGAACAUGCGCAAGACACUGACAGCAUGGGCCGGUCACCGCUGGGAGGGAGCACGCAUUACGCGGCUCAUCGAACGUGCAACACGGCGCAUUGGAUGGCACUGGUACCGGGACCUCUACAUCAAGAAGAAGCGACGGACAUCUGGAAGUUACGAUCGACCGCAGCUCCCGGCCUCGUUGACUGUCCCUACGGCGCCUACUGUGCUGCCCUUCCACACCUUCACCUGUCCCAUGUCGGCCAAGCAGGUCCGACUCAUUUCGCAACGCAACGGCCUUCGCAUCUCAGUGUCAACACUUCGCAGCCCGUGGUUGUCGAAGCAAGUCUGUCCGCCGCCCAAGCCACCUGCUCCAUCACUCCGUGUCGGAUAUCUGUCGUCCGACUUCAACAAUCAUCCGCUGGCUCACCUGAUGCAAUCUGUCUUUGGUAUGCACGACGAAAAGCGAGUUGAAGCGUACUGCUAUGCUACCACUGCGAGCGACAACUCAGUGCAUCGCCAGCAGAUCGAGAACGAGGCGCCGCAGUUCCGGGACGUCAGCACGUGGACCACGGAGAAGCUGGUCAAUCAAAUCGUGCAAGAUGGCAUUCACGUCCUCGUUAAUCUGAACGGGUACACACGCGGAGCUCGCAAUGAAGUCUUCGCCGCGCGUUCCGCGCCGAUUCAGAUGUCCUUUAUGGGCUUCGCCGGAACUUUGGGAGCUGAGUGGUGCGACUACCUUUUGGCAGACGAGACUGCUAUCCCGCCCAGUACUUUAAGGCCUUGGAGACGCAAUGUAGAUUUGGAAGACCAGUUAGUCGACGAGAACAAUGGUAGCGAUGAAGAAUGGGUCUACGGCGAGAACAUCAUCUAUUGCCGAGAUACAUUCUUCUGCUGCGACCACAAGCAGAGUGCGCCUGAUGCGCAGGACAAGCAUCUGAGCUGGGAAGAGGAGCAGAAGCGGAGAUGGCAGAUGCGGAAGGAGUUGUUCCCUCAGGUCUCGGACGACACCAUCAUCUUUGGCAACUUCAACCAGCUCUACAAGAUCGAGCCGACGACUUUCCGCACAUGGCUUCGCAUCCUCGCCCGUGUUCCGAACUCCAUCCUCUGGCUCUUGCGCUUCCCGGAUCUGGGCGAGUCGCAUCUUCUGGAGACUGCUCGCAAGUGGGCCGGCGCUGACGUCGCAUCUCGUGUUAUCUUCACCGACGUCGCGCCCAAGGCUCUUCACAUCUCACGUGCUCGUGUCUGCGAUCUGGUCUUGGACACAGCCGAGUGCAACGGGCACACCACAGCAGCCGACGUGCUAUGGAGCGGCACGCCGCUGCUCACGCUGCCGCGCUACUCGUACAAGAUGUGCAGCCGCAUGGCCGCGAGUAUCCUGAAAGGCGCAUUACCGAAGUCUGAGGAGAGUGCGAGGGCUGCUGAAGAGUUGGUCGCGACUGGUGAAGAUGAUUACGAGGAGAAGGCGGUUGCGCUCGGCAAGUCUUUCGUCUCGACGCCGAACAGCGCCGGCAUGUCGCAGGGUCGGGUGACGGAGUUGAGAAAGAUUCUGUAUACUGCGCGGUGGAGCAGUGCGCUGUUUGAUACUAAGAGAUGGGUGCGGGAUCUCGAGGAUGCUUACGAGGAAGCCUGGAGGCGGUGGGUGGCGGGUGAAGGAGGUGAUAUUUGGCUUGGUCGGCUGCCGCAGAAGCAUUCAGAUGCGGCGUAA